GAACUAGUGGUCCAAUUGGGUUGCUGAUUUGGAUUUGACUUCCCAUUGGCUGGUGGGUUGGCGGGUCUGUACUUAUUUACCUUUUAGAAGUUUACAUCAUGUACUGUACAUAAGAGCUGCAAUACUCCGCUAUCGUCAAUGAAAUGAAAUGCAUGCACAUUAUCAUAAACUUUAAUUAAAAUUAUCAUAUACGGAGUUAUCUUUCUCUCUAAAUUGGAGUUGUAGUCAUACAUUUUUAUUUUAGCUAGAUAGCAUAAAAUUAUAAAAAAUGAAACCUUUAAAGACGAAUUUAGAAGAUAACAUUCUAACAUCUAUAGACGAAGAAACGAAGAAAUCGACAGAAGAAACUUCAGAACUUAAAGAAAAUUUUACAGUAAACCAAGAACUAGAUGCUUCAAAUCCUUCUGUAAAAAGUUCUUCUAUUGAUUCGAGGAGAGAGAGGACCACUUUUACGAACACGCAGUUAAGGGCAUUAGAAGAAAGAUUUAAUACUCAUCCUUAUAUCGAUAAACACGAAAGAGAAGAAUUAGGGAAACGUAUAGAUCUUACUGAAAUUAAGAUUAAGUUAUCGACGUCCAUUCUAGGAUGUUCUGUUUUCAGUGCUAAAAGCAGCUACAAUUAUCACUGCACCGUAUGGAUGACUGCACGAUCUUUCAAGCCACUAGACAGUCUCCUACAGGAUAAACUGUAGGAUACUAGUUAUUGCCUUUUGGGUUCAUUUAGUACACUAUCGCCAACGACAGCGAUACCCGGUUUAUUGAAAAGCUAGAAUAGAAGGCUUGUACAAUUUUUCUUCUUCCUUGUCCUAUCAGUUCUCAUUAAAGAAAACAAGGAGAAAGGCAUAAAACAAUAUUGAAAACAAU